GAGUGUCCGCACGAGGCGGCAGAUUCCCGGAGGCACCAUGGCCGCCCUGGGCAUCAUGGUCGCCCUGCUGGUGUGGACGGCCACCUUGCUGCUCAUCUCCAUCUGGACACACAUCUACAGCAACAGGCGACUGCCCCCUGGCCCUUUCCCACUGCCCUUCGUUGGGAACAUUUUCCAGUUGGAAAUUAAGAAUAUUCCCAAAUCCUUCACCAGGCUGGCAGAGCGUUUCGGCCCGGUGUUCACCCUGUACCUGGGCUCACGGCGCUUCGUGGUCCUGCACGGCUACAAGGCCGUGAAGGAGGUCCUGCUCGACUACAGGAAUGAGUUUUCUGGCAGAGGAGAAACCCCCGCGUUCCAGGUGCACCAGGACAAAGGGAUUAUUUUCAAUAAUGGACCGACCUGGCAGGACACCCGGCGGUUCUCCCUGACCACCCUCCGUGACUUCGGGAUGGGGAAACAGGGCAAUGAGCAGCGGAUCCAGAGCGAGGCCCAGCUCCUGCUGGGGGCGCUCCGGAAGACCCAUGGCCAGCCCUUCGACCCCACCUUUGUCAUCGGCUUCGCGCCCUACAACGUCAUCUCCGACAUCCUCUUCCACAAGCGCGCCGACUACAAUGACAAGACGGCUCUGAGGAUGCUGAGUUUGUUCAACGAGAACUUCUACCUGCUCAGUAGCCCCUGGAUCCAGCUUUAUAAUAAUUUCCCAGGCUACAUACGUUACCUGCCUGGAAGCCAUAGAAAACUAAUCAAAAAUGUGUCUGAAAUAAAAGAGUAUGCUCUAGAAGGAGUGAAGGACCGCCAGAAGUCGCUGGAGCCCAGCUGCCCCCGAGACUUCACCGACACCAUGCUGAUGGAAAUGGAGAAGGAAAAACACAGUACAGACCCUGUGUACACCUUGGACAACAUUGCUGUGACCGUGGCCGACCUGCUCUUUGCGGGGACAGAGACCACCAACACCACCCUGAGAUACGGGCUCCUGAUUCUCAUGAAACACCCGGAGGUUGAAGAGAAACUUCAUGAAGAAAUUGACAGGGUGAUUGGGCCAAGCCGAAUCCCUGCCGUCAAGGACAGGCUGGAUAUGCCCUACCUGGACGCCGUGGUGCAUGAGAUUCAGCGAUUCAUCGACAUCAUUCCCUCCAACCUGUCCCACAAAGCAACCCGGGACACAGUGUUCAGAGGAUACGUCAUCCCCAAGGUGAACAACUUCCCCGGUUGGGAACAUACCAUCUUGUCUAACGUAAAAUUCAACUGCUGGCUCCCAGGUGAAAGCCUGUGUUGUGUUAACUUGACUGACCAAGGCAGCCUCUGUUCCUUCCAGGGCACAGUCAUAAUUCCGACACUGGACUCCCUCUUGUAUGACAGCCAAGAAUUCCCUGAACCAGAGAAGUUUAAGCCAGAGCACUUUCUGAAUGAAAAUGGAAAGUUCAAGUACAGUGACCAUUUCAAGCCAUUUUCUGCAGGAAAGCGGGUGUGUGUUGGAGAAGGCCUGGCUCGCAUGGAACUGUUCCUGUUUUUGGCCUCCAUCCUGCAGCACUUUAACUUGAAGUCGCUGGUAGACCCCAAGGAUAUCGACCUCAGCCCCAUCGCAAUUGGGUUUGCCAAGGUCCCCCCCCAUUACAAACUCUGUGUCAUUCCCCGCUCACAAGUGUGAGGCACACGUUCUCUGAAGACCGCGGGUCCCUUGAUGCUGGCCUGGAGGCCUCCUGCUCCCCUGCGCCCCCUCAGCAAGGCUAGCCAGGGCUCCACAGGGAACCAAUUGGGCCAGAGAGGCUGCUUUCCAGGCCAAGCACAUUCUUCAGAUAGAAUUUGAAACAAAGUCCAUAAAAGAUUGUGUCAAACUAAUUAAAGUAAUUAAAGCAAACUAUGACUUAGCUUGUGUUGGAGUUCCUAGAAACCAGGAUGAGUGAGAACAUACCAGUGUAGGUUACACUAAGCUCUUCUACAAAAGUAGACCUACCCAGCCACCAGUCAGCAUCUCUUGUAAAGGAUUCACAGGAAGGAGUACAGACACUAUUUUGCUGUUUGGAAAAAAUAAAAAUAAUAUACCUCCGGAGGAUUUGUUAGCCAUAUCCUAAAUGUAUCCCCUGACAUCUUUCCCUAGGAUGUGAAGUUAUUCCUUUGGGCUCACUAAUAGCAUUAUCCUGUGCUAUAUUUUAAGAUUAAAAUAUGUUUGAAAAG